AUGGAUUCUGAACUCAAAACUUUGGAAGAGAACCACACUUGGGAUGUUGUUCUCUUACCUUCUGGCAAGAAAGCACUUCCUUGUAAAUGGGUUUACAAGGCCAAGCACCAUGCUAAUGGUACUGUUGAAAGGUUAAAGACCAAGCUAGUUAUAAGGGGUGAUGUUCAGAGAGAAGGCAUUAAUUACACAGAAACCUUCUCUCUAGUUGUCAAAAUGACAACAAUCAGAUGUUUGCUUUCUAUUGCAGUCAAGAAAGGGUGGUCUAUUUCUCAAUUUGAUGUGGGUAAUGCUUUUUACAUGGGGAGUUGCAGGAAGAGGCAUGGAGAUUUUAAGAGAGCAGGAUGGAAUUAUUAUCACUCAAAGGAAAUUACCACUGACUUGCUUGUUGAAAUUGAUUGCUCCACUCUCCCACCGGUUUCUUCUCCGCUUGAUCCAUCUUCCAAAUUGGUUGCCAAUUCUGGAGCUCCUUUAUCUGAUGCUUCCCUCUAUCGUCGUCUUGUUGGCAAGCUUAAUUAUUUGACCCACAUGCGGCCUGACCUUUCAUUUGCCAUUCUAAUUCUCAGCCAAUUCAUGAAACACCCUUACAUUGGGCAUUUCACAGCAGCUUUGCGAGUCUUUUGUUAUCUUCACUCUAAUCCCAGCCAGGGUUUGUUCCUCAAUGCUCAGACCUUUUUUGAUCUAUUGGCUUUCAGUGAUGCUGAUUGGGGUUCUUGCUGUGAUAGUCGUCGUUCCGUCAGUGGGUUUUUCAUCGGCUUAGGUGGUUCACCGGUGUCUUGA